GAACUCCUGUUAAUUAGGAAUUGAAUUACAUUAUCUCACCGCAGAGUUCACCGGCUACAGCAGAGACAGUGCUGGCGAAGCUUUCUCCCUCCCUCGCAGAGCUUGACGGCGAGGCAGAGACAGACCGAGUCAUUCUCCUAUCCCUCUCUCAAACGCGACGAGCACCGGCAAAGCUUUCUCUCUCACUGAAUCACACCGGCGACCGCUUGAAGCAGAACAAAUUUAACGUCCAUCAAUCAUGAAGCAAGAUGUUGCGCAAGAUAACUCUAACACCAACUCAUAUCCCAAGAAAUCAAUUCCACCCUAUAUGAAGGCAAUCUCUGGCUCACUCGGAGGGAUUAUGGAGGCUGCUUGUCUGCAACCCAUUGAUGUGAUCAAGACCAGAUUACAGCUUGAUAGGUCAGGUAAUUACAAGGGAAUAGUUCAUUGUGGUACCACAAUUGUACGAUCUGAAGGGGUUCGGGCUUUAUGGAAGGGGUUAACACCUUUUGCCACACAUUUGACCUUGAAGUAUACUCUUCGAAUGGGUUCAAACGCAGUACUUCAGUCAGCAUUUAAGGAUUCUGAGACUGGGAAGAUUAGUAAUCACGGGCGGCUUCUUUCUGGGUUUGGUGCUGGGGUUCUUGAGGCGGUUCUGAUUGUCACGCCAUUUGAGGUGGUGAAGAUAAGAUUGCAGCAGCAGAGAGGACUAAGCCACGAGCUUUUGAAAUAUAGAGGUCCUGUGCAUUGUGCAGGAAUGAUCAUAAAGGAAGAAGGCUUUCGUGGGCUUUGGGCGGGUGUAACUCCUACUAUAAUGCGUAAUGGGACAAAUCAAUCUGCCAUGUUUACUGCCAAAAAUGCUUUUGAUGUGCUUUUGUGGAAGAAAAACGAAGGAGAUGGUAAAGUUCUUCUACCAUGGCAGUCGAUGAUUUCAGGAUUCCUUGCGGGUACAGCAGGUCCUAUUUGCACCGGUCCUUUUGAUGUUGUGAAAACAAGGUUGAUGGCUCAAGGAAAAGAGGGAGGUGAAGUGAAGUACAGGGGUAUGAUCCAUGCCAUAAGAACAAUAUAUGUAGAAGAAGGACUUCUUGCCUUGUGGAAAGGUCUGUUACCAAGGCUCAUGAGGAUCCCACCUGGACAGGCCAUUAUGUGGGGUGUGGCUGAUCAAGUAAUUGGUUUGUAUGAGAGGAGAUAUCUUCAAAAUUCAUGAUUGUAUUUGGAGGAUUCUUUUUUUAGAUUAAUUGUGCUUUCUCCAUGAUAGACCUAUUCAUUGCAAGCCUAGAAAAAUCAUCAUUUUAGGCUUGAAUUUUAUUGGUCGAUAUACUCUGAACACUAAACCCCUUGCAAAAGCUUCAUGUCUUGGGGAAUUUCUAGCAUUUAGCUUAGAGAGUUCCAAAAUAAUACUUGCUGAGCUAUACAUGCAAGCCCUUUCACACAGGCUUUUUUGGUUAUAUGUUGAGAGCUAAAAUAAUGAGAUGCUUUUGUUUGAAGCAAUAGAAUGUUACAUGCUAUUUCAUGGAAAACAAAAUAACAGUUACUUAAUUAAAAUAUUUAGUUUCCUCUAGUUGUGGUUGGCACAAAUGUUCACAACCACUGUGAUUUGGAUUUUGCAACUGAUAAGUUACAUUUAAAUUUUAUUAUCUUUAAUGAGAUGGGUGGUUCUCUCUUA